GAUAUUUUGUUCAAGACACAUUGCGAAGGACUAGUCGACUUGCUAUGGAGGAUUCUGCAGAGAGUCUAAGCCCAUGCUCGCCCCGGGACAUUGAUUCCGAUGCAGGAGGAGCGGAAAAGGGCAGCUCCACGUCCGCUUCCGUCAAUCGAGCGCUCCAGCUUAUCGAAUCGGACGACCUAGAUUCCAAGCUCCAAGCCGCUCGUGAAAUUCGACAACUCACCAAGACCUCUCACAGGUGUCGGCGGCAGCUUGCGCAAGCUGUGAAGCCGCUUGUCUCCAUGCUUCGAGUUGACGAGUCCGAUUGUAACGAGUCCGUCCUCCUCGCUCUGCUCAAUCUUGCCGUUAAAGACGAGAGGAAUAAGAUUAACAUAAUUGAAGCCGGUGCCUUAGAACCAAUUAUUAGCUUUCUUCAGUCAAGUAAUUCAAACCUGCAGGAGUAUGCAGCUGCCUCUUUGCUCACACUGUCAGCAACUACCUUGAACAAACCAAUAAUAAGUUCUUCUGGUGCCAUUCCUCUCCUUGCGGAAAUCCUUAGACAUGGAAGUGCACAGGCUAAGGUGGAUGCUGUUAUGGCUCUUUCGAAUCUCUCAACACACCCAAAUAGUCUCUCAUUGAUUCUUGAAACAAAGCCAAUUUCUUCAUUAGUUAACUUACUCAAAACAUGUAAGAAAUCUUCAAAAACAGCUGUGAAAUGCUGUGCUCUUAUAGAAUCUCUAGUGAGCUUUGAUGAGUGCAGAACUGCAUUGAUUUCAGAAGAAGGUGGAGUGCUUGCAGUUGUUGAAGUUCUGGAAAAUGGCUCUCCCCAAAGUCGGGAGCAUGCAGUUGGGGCACUGCUAACUAUGUGUCACAGUGACAGAUGUAAAUAUAGAGAGCCAAUUCUCGAAGAAGGUGUAAUUCCUGGUCUUCUUGAGCUCACUGUUCAAGGAACACCCAAUUCUCAGGCAAAAGCACAUAUGCUGUUGCGGUUACUGAGGGACUCUCCCUAUCCUAGAUCGGAGCUUCAACCUGACACACUCGAGAAUAUUGUUUGCACAAUUAUCUCUCAGAUAGAUGGAGAUGAUCAAUCCAGUAAGGCAAGGAAGAUGCUGGCUGACAUGGUGCAAGUUAGCAUGGAACAAAGCUUGAAACACUUACAGCAAAGAGCUAUGGUAUGCACCCCAAGUGAUCUGCCUAUUGCAAGCUGUACUUCUGAAGUUUCUUCAAAAUGAUGUUUUUGGUUCAUUUGCUUUGUUUUCUUAUUGUAAUCCUGUGAGAUAAAAUUUUCAAAUAUAGUAAUGUAAAAACGAACAAAAGAGAGAGAAAGAUACAGUGAAUAAUGUCCAGAACAGGAAAAAAAUAGUGAAAAAUGCCAGUCCUGGCCAUCAUGAGGGGGCAUCAGGUGACUGGUGAAUGUUAAUAAUGUUGGAAGUGUAUGAUGCUGAAAGUGUAGUUAUGUAUUUGGGCUGUAUAGAAACUCUUGGAUCAAAUGUUAUAUAAUUAUUGAAGCUUUCCUUUUCUUA